GUUUCAGAGGUGUCCUCGGAUAUUCCUUCCUCUUUUUCCCCGGAAUCUGUCAGCAUUCCCGACGGGACGCAGCCAGCUUGUAUCCGUGCCAAUCCUUUGAUAUUAGCUCCCGGUGUCGUCUGCUUCAUUCUGUGGCGGUGCAGGCAGCCAGACGACCUUUCUCCAUGAGGAGCAGUGGAAGAUGCCGGCUCUGCCAGCGCUGCUGCUGUCGAUUCACCUCCUCUUCCUCCUCCUGCUGUUGCUUCUGCUGACCAUGGCCCCGUCCUCUCACAGCCAGGCACCUGCUCUCGCAGCCGUCAGGAUGGCUGCUAUUUUAGAUGAUCAGUCAGCGUGCGGACGCGGAGAGCGGUUGGCAUUGGCUCUGGCCCGAGAGAACAUCAACAGUGUGAUGGAGGGCCCGGCUCGAGCCCGUGUGGAGGUCGACAUCUUUGAGCUGCAGAGAGACUCUCAGUACGAGACUACAGACACGAUGUGUCAGAUCCUGCCAAAGGGAGUAGUCUCUGUCAUUGGUCCAGCCUCUAGUCCUGCUUCCGGAUCCACCGUCAGUCAUAUAUGUGGGGAAAAAGAGAUCCCUCACAUCAAGAUUGGUCCGGAGGAGACUCCGCGCUUGCCAUAUCUGCGCUUUGCCUCAGUGACGCUGUAUCCUAGCAACGAGGACUUAAGCUUGGCCAUCGGUGCCAUCCUGCGCUCGUUCAGUUACCCGACGGCCAGCUUGAUUUGUGCCAAAGCAGAGUGCCUGCUGCGAUUGGAGGAGCUUGUGCGUCACUUCCUCAUAUCCCGGGAAACACUCUCAGUCAGAAUGCUUGAUGAAAAUUUGGACCCCACCCCCCUGCUGAAAGAAAUUCGCGAUGACAAAGUCGCAACAAUCAUCAUCGAUGCCAAUGCAUCGGUGUCAAUACUAAUACUAAAGAAGGCCUCAGAAUUAGGCAUGACGUCAGCCUUCUACAAGUACAUCCUCACCACAAUGGAUUUUCCUCUGUUGAGGUUGGAUGAUGUGGUAGAUGAUCAGUCAAAUAUCGUUGGCUUCUCCAUGCUGAACAGCAGUCAUCCUUUCUACCUAGAGUUCAUCAGGAGUCUGAACCUGUCAUGGAGGGAAGGUUGUGAUCUCAGCCCCUAUCCUGGUCCAGCGUUGUCAUCGGCGCUGAUGUUCGAUGCAGUGCAUGUGGUGGUCGGAGCGGUGCGAGAACUGAACCGCAGUCAGGAGAUCGGAGUGAAGCCUUUGAGUUGCACGUCUUCGCUCAUCUGGCAGCACGGCACCAGUCUCAUGAACUACCUGCGCAUGGUAGAGUAUGACGGCCUAACAGGCCGUGUGGAGUUUAACAGCAAAGGCCAGAGGACCAAUUACACGCUGCGUAUUCUUGAGAAAUUCAAGGGGGGUCACAAAGAGAUCGGCGUCUGGUACUCCAAUAACACACUGGCUAUGAACUCCACAUCUUUAGACAUCAACACGUCUGAAACCUUAGCCAACAAGACGCUCACCGUCACCACAAUACUGGAAAAUCCAUACGUGAUGCGCAAGGCAAACUACCAGGACUUCCAGGGUAAUGAUCAGUACGAGGGAUUCUGUGUGGAUAUGCUGCGGGAGCUGGCAGACAUACUGAAGUUUUCCUUCCGGAUCAAGCUGGUGGAUGACGGACUGUAUGGAGCUCCAGAACCUAAUGGGUCAUGGACUGGCAUGGUGGGGGAACUCAUCAACAGGAAAGCAGAUCUGGCAGUGGCUGGAUUUACUAUCACAUCCGAGAGGGAGAAGGUCAUCGAUUUCUCCAAACCUUUCAUGAACCUUGGCAUCAGUAUCCUGUACCGCGUUCACAUAGGCAGGAAGCCAGGUUAUUUCUCCUUCUUGGAUCCCUUUUCGCCAGCUGUCUGGCUAUUUAUGCUUUUAGCCUAUCUGGCCGUUAGCUGUGUGCUCUUCCUGGCUGCCAGGCUGAGUCCGUACGAGUGGUACAACCCUUUCCCGUGUUGGCGGGACCGCAGGGACCUGCUGGAGAAUCAGUACACGCUAGGGAACAGCCUGUGGUUUCCGGUCGGUGGUUUCAUGCAGCAGGGCUCAGAGAUCAUGCCCCGGGCUCUGUCCACACGCUGUGUCAGCGGCGUUUGGUGGGCGUUCACGCUGAUCAUCAUUUCCUCUUACACGGCGAACCUCGCAGCGUUCCUGACGGUCCAGAGGAUGGAGGUGCCGAUCGAAUCUGCUGAUGACUUGGCUGAUCAGACCAACAUUCAGUAUGGGACAAUUCAAGGAGGAAGUACUAUGACCUUCUUCAUGAACUCGCGCUACCAGACGUACCAGCGCAUGUGGAAUUACAUGUACUCCAAGCAGCCCAGCGUGUUCGUGAAGAGCACGGAGGAGGGCAUAGCCCGGGUUUUAAACUCCAAGUACGCCUUUCUUCUGGAAAGCACUAUGAACGAGUACCACCGACGCCUCAACUGCAACCUCACGCAGAUCGGAGGCCUGCUGGACACCAAGGGCUACGGCAUCGGCAUGCCUCUGGGUUCACCGUUCAGAGAUGAGAUCACAUUAGGCAUACUGCAGCUACAAGAGAACAACAGAUUAGAAAUCCUAAAGCGUCGAUGGUGGGAGGGUGGAAAGUGUCCUAAAGAAGAAGACCAUCGAGCCAAAGGUCUAGGUAUGGAGAAUAUCGGCGGGAUAUUCGUGGUGCUGAUAUGUGGACUCAUAAUAGCUGUUUUUGUAGCCAUUAUGGAGUUUGUGUGGUCCACGCGCCGCUCGGCAGAGACAGAUGAGGUACGCCCUCACUCCUGCCCCGUCCGAAACCACAGACACUCACGAGUGUCAGUAUGUCAGGAAAUGAUGACUGAAUUCAGGAACGUUAUCUCCUGUAAAAAGAACUCUCGUUUGCGGCGCCGACGGCCCCUCUCGUCCCAGGGCAUCCUUCGGCACCCCGCCCGUGUCCCAUUAGGAGCUCCCCGUCAGAUGCGGCUCGUGAGGGAGAUGCGUCUCAGCAACGGCAAGCUCUACAGCGGGACGGGACCCUUAACCGGUGCCGCUGCAGGACCGGGACCCGGCGGGGGCGCUGCGGAAAUGGGCCCCGGCCCUCAGCGACUGCUGGAGGACCCUCUCAGUGCCAGCGUCCCCAGUAGCGCACCCGCUCUGGUCCCCACGGCGGCGCCCCGCGGCUGCACACACGUGCGGGUUUGCCAGGAAUGCCGGCGGAUCCAGAGCCUUCGCUCCACGUCAUCUUGCUCGCGCAUCUCGCCUCUGGCCUCCGCUACAUCCUCUCUCCCGCGUUUGCCACCACCGCCCUCCGCCUCCAGUACAAACACCGACAGCGAGGGAGGAGGCUCGGGCAGCCCACGCAGGGCCAAACCCACGCCCCCUCCAAGGCCGCUGCCGCCCACUAAAACUCCCUCUACCGAUCUCCUCUGCAAGCAGGACUGAGACCGAGAGUGAGGAAACUUUUGUCGGGACGGGAAUUUAAUGUAAAUGAGUGCUGGAGGACAGACGGAAAGACUCUGCCCACGCCUCCAGUCAAAGUGACCUCUGGGAUACUGCAAAUAAAGGCCAUUUUUGGAUGCAAAAUUACAUUAAUGGACACUGAGUGAGAGAAAGAUGAUUCAGCCAGCCGCUUGCUGUCCAAGUGUCCGGUUUUAACACCACGUCUUGCAGCGGUGCACAGAAAGCCAGUGAGGUUUGGCAUGCUGUUGAGACUAUGUAAUGCAUAUCCCGUGAAAGUAUGCUAUGCAACAUGUCAUAAAGGAAAAAGUGGAGGAAAACUAUAAGGACAGCUGUUAGUUUUGCAUAGAAGUUCGGAUCUACGCUCAUGUCAGAGGACGAUGGAGUCUUUACCUAAAAUGUGUGCACGUCGAACUGAAAUGACUUUGGUGCAAACUUGGGUUUAUUUUUUUCCUUUCCUUUAAACAAGGAGGGAGGGUUACAGUUCAUUUGUAUUUCUGAAUGUCUCUUGCUUGUUUUCCUUUCUAGCCUUUUCUUUGGUUUCGUUCUUUCUUUCUUUUUUUUGAAUAUGAUACCCGUUUCCCACUUAAUUAUUAAUUGUUAAUUUCUCUGAGAACAAAGUAUAUAGAUUUUUGUAAGUUUUGCUGGGAGGUUUUGUGGUCAGGAUUUGUUUUUCCUCUUCUUCAACCUCUUAAGAUUACUCACCUGGAUUUAGUCUCUCAUCUUCCGUCUUAUAACACCAACCGUUAAAGGUUAAAAUCAACAUGAACAGCAUUAAAAGCCCAGUUUACUUCCAUUGUGUGACAUAUUUCCAGGUUAACCAAGAUAUUCAAGGAGGAAUAUGCAGGGUGGGUUUCCAUCCAUCAGCAGUUGAUUGGAUCUUGCAAAGUGAGCGUUCCAGAUCUGAAUAUCAUUAGACCUUGAGAGCAUCAAAGCAAAUGCCAGCGGUAACACCGCUUUCCAAACCUAUACUUAAAUCUAUGCUUUAUUUGCUAUUUUUGCCAUAAACUUUAUUGUAUUAUUGUUAACCGUCAUUGAAUUACUGUUAAUUAUUGGCAAGCUUUUAGAAAGGCUGCAUUACUGUACUUAAUACAGUACUCUACAGUAAUACCAAUUUGGCUGUUGGUUAAUACUAGUAGCCGCACAAUCUCAAUGAUGUCAAGCGAACAGGAAAGUUAUUUCACAAGCAAGAAAAUUACAUUUUUAGCAGUUUUUCCCUAACACACACUGGUGAAUCGUUCACAGUAAGACCAGGAAUGCGCGUAAAGAAAAUGAAUAGGAUCGGCUUCGAUUUCAUGUUGACUUUAACAAGCUGCCCGUCAAUAUUUGCAAUUCGCGAGGACACCAAGAAACAUUUUUCAUCCCUGGAACAAUGACAACAACAAGACAAGACAGAAAACCCUUUGUGCACCUGAAGGGGCAUUUAUCUGAUUAUGUGAGAGGACAAUUAAUGAUGUUUUUCAUUACAGAACUAAAUGAGCCUCUAUCAUGAAUGGUUUGUUGAAGUGCACUAGAAGUUGCUGUCUGGGUGCUUGUGAGAUGCCAAUAUCCAUUUAUAUCCAAAGUGUAAACAUAGCAGCCCUGUUUAGAAUCUGCAGCAUUAUAGCAUUCGUAUGUUGGUGCUUUAUGAUUGUGUGUGAGAGUGAGUGCGUUUGUGUCAAGGGAGAUGGAAAUGUGAUAAUCAUUUUUUAAUCAAAGCUGAUUUUUUUAUUUCCCAUUAAUUUUCAAAGAUUUCUAUACCAGUGCUUGAAGAAUCACACCCACAAUUGAAAAGAAUAAGGCAAAUGAUUCAGAUUAUAUUGUUAUUAAUAUUCCAAUAAAACUGUGGGGUAAUGUAGGAGGGCUGUUGCCCUCUUUCGUUAAAUAUAUAGACACAUGUUUGGAAUAAAAUGGUGAUUCAAACUGUGACUUAAUGGAUGUUUCUGUUGAUAGCGAGUUAGAUAACUAGUUUGUCUUAUUUAUAAUACUUUGUUUGGAAAGUCUUACAUGUGUCCUAACCAGGUGUGACGCGAUAUGUAAAUUAAUUUUGAUAUAACAGUUAUAAAACCUUGUAAAUAAAUGUUUUGUAAAAGCACUAACCUGUAACCACGACGUGCGAUGAAUGUCAGGACAUUUUUUCCGGUACUUGUUUAAUGGCUGCAUCUGCGAGAAAUGUCUGAUAUUCAUUAUACUGCUUUUUUUUAUCGAUAGAAACUUAAUUAUAUAUUUAAAAACGUAUUUUCGAACGAUUUCACGUAUCAUUCAUUACACCAAC